UGGCUAGCCGCUCUCCGGAACGGACCCUCGGACAUGAGCCCUCGCGACGGGCACGUCCGCCAGCUGUAGAAACCACCCCGAGGAAUGUGCUCGAGGCUCGGGGCGAUCGUGCCGAUCGCGCUCCUGAUCCUCAACUUCGAUUCGGCAGUCGGCAUCACGCCCCCUUCGUUCGCUGCGCCCAUGGGAAAUCAGACCGCCGCGAUUGGUCGAGAGACGGUCUUCUCGUGCAGCGUACGCAACAUCGGAAAGUACCAGGUCGGAUGGCUGCGAGCUUCGGACCAGACGAUACUCUCGAUCCACAAGAGGACGGUCACUCACAAUCCCCGGAUAUCGGUGACCUACGAGGUCGGAGCUCACGGUACAAAUGUAACUGGAAGUAGCACGUCCACGGAGGAAUCCACUAUCGGAACCUGGCAACUCCACAUUCGCCAGCUGAAGGAGUCCGACAAGGACUGCUACAUGUGCCAGAUCAACACGAGUCCGAUGAUCUCCAACCUGGGAUGUCUGGACAUCCUCGUUCCGCCCCAGAUCAUCGACGGAAGCGACACGAGUACGGAUUUAGCCGUUUCCGAAGGCGACAACGCCACCCUGAGCUGUCGGGCCACUGGAAAACCGACGCCGAAAAUCUCGUGGAAGAGGGAAGAUGGCGAGUCCAUCGUGAUAAAAGUGCCCUCUUCCUCCUCCCAAGGAAGCAUCGCUCGGCGAGAGACGGACGUCUACAACGGGUCGGUCCUUCAUUUCUAUCGGAUCGACAGGGCGCAGAUGGGCAUGUACCUCUGCAUAGCGAGCAACAAUGUUCCACCCACCGUCAGCAAACGAGUCAUGCUCGCCGUUAACUUCGCUCCGGUCGUCAAGGUACCCAAUCAGCUUCUUGGCGCACCUGUCGGCACAAACGUUCAUUUGGAGUGUUUCGUCGAAGCCUUUCCCAACACCAUCAAUUUCUGGGUGAAAAACGACGAGGGAAUGAUCCUUACCAGCCCUAAAUAUAUCCUCAACGAGGUGAAGACCAAGUACACCGUACAGAUGUCGCUCGUCAUUAAGAAGUUCACGAAAGACGACGAGAGUAGCUACAAGUGCGUCUCCACCAACAGCCUUGGCAAAGCCGACGGCACCAUUAGAUUAUACGCAAUUGGGAUGACCAAUGACUUGGACGGAGCGACCCGCGGGAAGGACCACAUAUCCUUCAUCGGCGGUCUGGCCGAGGCAGCUCGAGGGGCAGGGUCGAACCGCGGGUCCGCCAUCUUGGGUUGUGCAACGCUCCUCCACGGCGUCGGCCUCUUCUCUCUUAUUUUGCCAGCUAUCUGGCCACGCUGUAACUUCUACCGAGACAAGUGUCAACGAGAGCGAGGAAGGCAAGAAAAUGAAAUUCGGAGACUUUUGACCGAAAAGGAGAAGAGACAAUGCAAAGAAGAAGAACCUGAAGAUGUGUGUCGUGCGUGUAUCGACAUCGAUGUCAAUGGAUCCUUCAAGACCAUGCAAAGAGACUUUCGGAAUGGAGAGAAUUCAUGCCAGAAGACGCUUUUUGCAGUAAUUCAAAAGGAGGAUUAA